AUGCUCCUCCCGCGCGCCCAAGCGCCCCUCCGGGCUGCCUUGGCUGCGUCGUCACGCACGGCGCACGCCUCCACUUCGCCCGCUGCCUCGCUGAACGUCCUCGAUGUCCUCCGUGCCUCGCUCGCUGCCUCGUCGCCGUCCCCAAAUCUGACUUUCGUCCGUCACGCCACGCAUCAGGCCCAAGGUCGCGCCAACGGCCCCAAGAAUGGCGCAGGAAAAAGAUUGGGAGCGAAGAAGACCGGAGAACAAUACGUCGUCCCAGGCAACAUCAUCUUCCGCCAGCGCGGCUCGCUCUGGUUCCCGGGCGAGAAUUGCGCCAUGGGCCGGGACCACACAAUCCACGCGACGGCGUCAGGCUACGUAAAGUACUACCGCGACCCGGCCAAGCAUCCGAAGCGUCGCUACAUCGGCGUGGUCUUCGAGCGCACGCAGACGCUGCCGUCGCCGCCGCACGCCGCGCGCCGCCGGAGACUGGGCAUGAUGGCCGUGCCAAGGGCUGACGCUACCGAUGCGCUGUCGUCGGUGGAAGGAGAGAGGAGCGGGGAUCUGACGCAUCGGGUGCACAAGAAUGGGGUGGAUGUGAAGCAGGUGCCGGCGAAGAAGAAGAAGAACAUUCCGGAGAAGAACCUGACCCUGCGGCCCGGGUACAUGUACCGCGAGGCGAACUGGGAGAUUGGCCGGAUUGCGGAGCGCGCGGGCGUGGCGGACAAGGUCAGCAAGUUCGUGCCCGGCGAUCGGUUCAAGGCGUGGCGGAAGGCGACGGCGAGGCAGGCGAAGAUUGCCGAGAAGAGGAGCAUGCGUGGUAGGAAGGUCAAGAAAUAA